UUUUGAAGAUUGUUUCUAAAAAGGGAAACUAAAGUUGGAGAUUUCACACAGGAUUGACCAGUAGUACUGUUUGGCCUGAAGUGACUGGGUGAUUGUGUAGAUUGGCUGAUCUUGUCCAACAUCAAUUUACAUGUACAUGGUUUGGGUCCUUUUUAAUGUAUUGGUGUUUAUGUGUGGUGCAGUCAGUAGACCUGCACAAUCACUUGAUUUUUGCUUAAAAAAUCGUAUCACACAAUCUGCCGACAAUUCCACCAUCAGCCAGUUGCCUUUUCUUUCUCUACUUUACAGUUAAAGAAGAUUUUUUUUUUAAAGGGGAGCAAAAUUGGCACUUUUAAACAGGACUGACUGAUAGCACAAUGUCAUAUGCAGCCAGAAAUGAGACAGCCAAAUCCGCACGGUCUUCCUUGUAGCACCACUACACUGCUGCAGAACUGAGCAUGCGCAUUAACAAGCAGAAGCUCACAGAAUUUGCAUGCACAGCCUGAUCAAGUGACUGCUAUGAAAUGGCGGAAUCCCAAAAUGUGAGUUCUCUGCCCCUGCCGCCAAUGCAGUAUGUGAACAAUUACACCGAUGAGAGGGUGAAAAAUGGCACAGCACCCAAACCGCCUACACCAGUGAGUGAAAACUACAACAUGUUUGGGGCUGUCUUUACCCCUGACGAUGUCAUUAUCAGGUCCUUGGAGUCGCAGAAUCUGCGACGCCUCCACCCCAAGGUCUUUGACCAUAGAAAGGAGCUGAAGAAGAUCAACCAUUCCAUCCUCUUCAACUUCCUGGAUAUGCUGGACGUGCUGGUGGUGGCGCCUGGCAGCAAGAAGCGGGAGGAGAAAAUCGAGGACAUCAAACUGCUAUUCAUACACAUGCACCACCUCAUCAACGAGUUCCGCCCCCACCAGGCCCGAGAGACACUGCGCGUCAUGAUGGAGGUGCAGAAGCGGCAGCGGCUGGAGGCGGCCGAACGCUUCCAGAAGCACCUAGAGAAGGUGACAGAGAUCCUGCAGAGCUGCUUCGGGUCGCUGCCGGACAACAUGGGGCACAUCGACAGUAAGAUUGCUGCGAGGAUGGAGCCCCAGGCAGAAGAGGUCAGCAAAGCAACCGAGGGAGAUUCUGCCGAGAAGCAGGAUGAAGCAAAUGGUCAAAAGGAGCUGGAGGUCUCCUUUUACCACAAGGACAAGCUGAUGUGUAAUCUCGUGGACUCAAUAUGAGUGGAUAUAAAACAAACUGGAGUAGGAAUCAAGACUUGCGUACACAGUGUACACACAUGUACUUUAGUGAAAGAUGGUCUUUUCAGAACAUGUUGACCAUAGAUAGCAACAAAUCUGUUAAAACUAUAAAAUAAUACUCAGGCCUUUCACCUGAAGGAGCAACAUUCAUGUAUAGAUUUGUAAAUUAGAAACCAGGAUGACUCUAGUUGCCAAGUGCAUUUUUAUACAGUAUUAUGUACAUACAUGUACAGUACAUGACUUAGAACCUGGACUGACCCUGCAACAUUCCCUUCAGAAGUGAGUUAUACAUGUAUAUCAAAUAUGGAAAGCUGCCAUUACUUCAUAGCUACUACUAACCAAGCAAGGGCGGUGUAUAGGUUUCCCAGUGGUCCUUUUCACUGAUAAAUUCAAUAUAAUACACGCAUGUGCAUAAAUAGCCAUUGCAGCAAAAAGCAUGAGCGGCCCAUUGAUGCAUGACAGGGGCACAAACAUUGUGGUCAUUGACUCUCAGAUUCUGAGAGUGCUUUUCACUUCUGUAUUCAGGAAGCCCUGUAAUAUUGCCAGUGCUACAGCUUUCUGGUUUAUAAGGGUUUUAUGAGGCACAAAAUAAAGAAUAAAAAACUUUGCCCUUGUGCUUAGCCUACGAUGUCAAAAGAAAGUAUAAGGGCUCCAUUCUAAAUACCAGUGUGUACAAUAAACAGUCUUGAGAUUCAGGGUACCAUGCACCACUAUAGUUAGCAUUUUGCACAUGUGUACAGGGACCAGCGUUAUUUCUAAACUGCAGCCUUGUCGCUGUCGGAGGCUUUAAUUCCUGACCUACAAAUCACUUGUAGGCAUAUGGUGUUCAAAAAUAAAGAAAAUACUUUCCCAAAAGUUAAAUUUUGUAAUAGCAAGUUGUCGCUCUUUUACUUGGCUAACAACUUUAAAGUGAAAAACCGUCAGAGUGACACAUGGAUUUAAAGUUGGAAUUUGAAAACCCACAAUUCAGACUCUGCGAAAUUAGUACAUUGUACCCUGACAUAUCUCACAUCUCUUCUUUGAGCUCAUGCAGAAAGGAGACCUAUGGACUUACUGAUUUCUGUUGACCUUUUGCACUUGCACUUGAUACUUUUAACUCUUAAUUUUGUGCUCCAUGAAUCCCUCUUAGACAGAAUGCAACAGUUCUAAUGAUUUUAGAGAGUUUUCUCUAAUAGAAAAAACCAUGAAACUAUCUGCAGGACCUUCAAGAAAAUGGCAGUAGAAUUUCUACCCCAGUACAUGUUUAAUGGGCUACUCACACUAUUUGCCACCAUGGCCAUACAGGUGCAGUGUAUAUGCACACACGUGCAUAAUCAUGAAUUUAUUAAUGAAAAUUCUGGGAGUCCUGCACAUUAUUAUGCAUAUGCAUUUGUGCACAUCAUGUAGAACUUUCAUGAAUUCAUAGUUUUAUUGAACUGGCAAAUAACAAAUUUCAUUUUCUCUUCACACUAAAGUGAAAGCAUGCUUGACCUAUUCAUGUGUUAUCUCUAAAUGAAUUUGCACUGGAUUCAUUUGAUAGUCUUAACAAAUUGAACAAAGCAUGCUUGGGUCAAGUUUGGAGUCAAGUUCAAAUCCACCUUUCAUUCUCUAUUUUGAGCCUGUUUGUAUCCUGUUUCAGCUAACAAGCUGAAUUUCUACAGCAAAAUUGUGUUUGAAAUGUAAGUGUAUAUGCCUCGGCAUGCACAUGUACCUGUCAUUCCUGCAAUCAUGGAAUUAUUCAUCAUUUUUUAAUCCCCUUGGCCCAUUUGGUGAAAGACUGUCUGAACAUUAAACAGCAAGUGGCAUGUUCCCCC